UUUUGGUAUGUCGAAGGUCAUAAUUGCAAUUUGGUUAUGUGUUGUAACUUGAUGAUUUGCCUGAAAUGAAAUAGGUGUCCACCGUUCAAUUCAGUUUUAUUCCGUUAGAAACAGGAGUGUAGUUCAGUAAAUUGGACUCAGUGGGACGCUGUUGAUCAGUGUUGCACAGUUCGGCCUGGUCGCUAGCAGUACCUCCCCCAGCACCCAUAUUGGAGAAAGAAACGCACCAGAGCGCACAGUCCGGUUUACAGAGAACACUAGAUACUGAGGCUGGAAAGAAACGAUCUGGUUGUGAAUUAGGCAACCUGAAGUCGUUUGUUUUUAAUAUUUGCCACUGUAUGCUACUGGGAUAUUACACGUUGUUUUAAGGAUAAUGACACGUUUUGGUUUCAUGGCGCACGAGAAAAUAUCGGAUAGUACAAUGACACGGAAGGUGCUGUUGUUCAUCUCGGUCCUCUCUCUCGGCUCCGUGCACGCGCAGGUCAGUUAUUCUAUUCCCGAGGAAAUGUUGAAAGGCUCUUUAGUUGGUAACAUAGUACAGGAUUUAGGUUUAGAUAUAAAGAGACUGAAAUCAGGGAACGCUCGUAUUUAUACUGGAGACAGCACAGAAUACAUCGAGUUGAAUAAAGAAAGGGGAGUCCUCCUCAUCAAAGAGAGAAUAGACCGUGAAGCUUUGUGCGGUGAGACGACGCCUUGCGCUCUACAUUUUCAGAUUAUUCUAGAAAACCCGAUGGAAUUUUAUAGUAUCACAGUUGAAAUUACAGACAUUAAUGAUAACACUCCAAUUUUUGAUAAAAAAGAAGUCAAGUUCAAAAUUAGUGAAUCUGCAGUAAGUGGGGCAAAAUUCGCAUUAGAGAAGGCUACCGAUCUUGAUGUUGGUAUUAAUGGUCUUCAAAGCUAUUUGCUUCAACCUACGGAUCAUUUUGCUCUUAAAUUAAAUAAUCAAGCAGGUGGCAGUAAGAAUGUUGAAAUGGUUUUAAAGAAACCCCUAGAUCGAGAGAAACAGGAGCAGGUGUCUUUAGUACUGACAGCCAUAGAUGGAGGCGAGCCGCAGAUGUCUGGAACAAUGCAAAUACUCAUCACCGUAUUAGAUGCCAAUGACAAUGCGCCUGUUUUUACUCAGCCUGUGUAUAAAGCUACAGUAACAGAAAAUGCCCCAAAAGGUACAGUUGUGACUACAGUUAGCGCUUCAGAUGCCGACCAUGGUUCAAACGGUAAAAUUACGUAUUCAAUUACGAAUACUCAAAAAAAUGCCCGGGGAUUGUUUGAGGUUAACGAUGAGAGCGGCGAAAUCAAGGUGAUAGGUACAAUUGAUUAUGAAAAGGCCCACCAUUUCCAAAUCGAUUUACGUGGAAGUGAUGAUGGAGGACUGACAGAUUCAUGUAAAUUAACUAUCGAUGUAGUUGACAUGAAUGAUAACAUGCCCAACAUCAAUAUAAUGUCCAAGUCCAAUGUAAUAUCUGAGGAUGCUAAACUUGGUACUGUAGUAACAAUGAUUAACAUUCAAGACCAAGACUCUGGGGAGAAUGGUAAAGUACAGUGCUCAAUUAACGAUAAUAUUCCGUUUGAAAUGAAGUCAGCGUUAAAUGGUUUCUUUAGUUUAGUAACAGAAAGUGAAUUGGACCGAGAGAGAGCGUCUGAGUAUAACAUCAGUGUCAUGUGUUCUGACGAGGGAGUGCCCUCGCUCUCUAGCAGCGUCACUCUCACCUUACAGAUAUCAGAUGUGAAUGACAACGCACCUGUCUUUGAGAAGAGCUCAUAUGAGGCCUAUAUUAUAGAAAACAACACACCGGGUCUCUCGAUAUUUACAGUGAAAGCCAGAGACAUUGACUGGAACCAGAAUGCUCGUGUUUCUUACAUACUGGAGGACUCCUCGGUUAACGGAGUUUCCGUCUCCUCAUAUGUGUCCGUUAGUGCUGAUAGUGGAGUCGUCCAUGCAGUGCGCUCUUUUGACUACGAGCAGAUCAAGGACUUCCAGUUCCACGUAAAAGCGCAGGAUGGAGGCUCCCCUCCACUCAAUAGCAAUGUGACUGUGAAAAUAAUGAUCCAGGACCAGAACGACAACGCACCACAAGUUCUGUACCCAGUCCAGACUGGCGGCUCUCUGGUGGCUGAAAUGGUGCCUCGUUCAGCAGAUGUGGGCUAUCUGGUCACUAAAGUGGUGGCUGUUGAUGUGGACUCUGGACAGAAUGCCUGGCUCUCCUAUAAACUGCAGAAAACCACAGACAGGGCGCUGUUUGAAGUGGGCUUACAGAAUGGGGAAAUAAGAACUGUUCGCCAAGUGACUGAUAAAGAUGCAGUGAAACAAAGGCUCACUGUUGUAGUGGAGGACAACGGGCAGCCCUGUCGUUCAGCUACAGUCAAUGUUAACGUGGCGGUGGCGGACAGCUUCCCUGAAGUGCUCUCGGAGUUCACCGACUUUACGCACGACAAGGAGUACAAUGACAACCUGACUUUUUACUUAGUCUUGGCUUUGGCUGUAGUUUCAUUUCUGUUCAUCACGUGUUUAGUGGUUAUUAUAUCAGUGAAAAUAUACAGAUGGAGACAGUCUCGCAUCCUCUAUCAUUCCAAUCUCCCGGUGAUUCCGUAUUAUCCACCGCGUUACGCAGACACUUUGGGGACUGGAACUUUACAGCACGUGUACAAUUACGAGGUGUGCAGGACGACUGACUCCAGAAAGAGUGACUGUAAGUUCGCCAGACCGGGUAGUCAGAACGUCCUGAUAAUGGACCCCAGCUUGACAGGAACCAUGCAGCGGAUACAGAGUGAAAAGAGCAUCUUAGAUGAACCAGACUCUCCACUGGAGCAAAAGCCUCCCAACAAUGACUGGCGUUUCAACCAGGGACAGAGACCCGGACCUAGUGGCCCCUUCAAGCAUGCCACACACAUACGAUGGACGCCCAACCAGGGGAGAAGGGCCGUCGGUGGACCUGAGGUUGCCAUGGGAACCGGACCCUGGCCCAACCCCCCUACCGAGGCAGAGCAGCUCCAAGCCCUGAUGGCCGCAGCCAACGAAGUGAGCGAGGCGACCGCCACCCUGGGACCGGGCACCAUGGGCCUGAGCACCCGCUACAGCCCCCAGUUCACCCUCCAGCAUGUGCCCGACUACCGGCAGAACGUGUACAUCCCGGGCAGCACGGCCACGCUGACCUCCAACCCCCAGCAGCAGCAGCAGCAGCUCCUCCAGCAGCAGCUGCUCCAGCAGCAGCAGCAGCUGCAGCAGGCCGCGGCCCAGCAGGCCCUGCCCCCGCCCCAGGCCCAGGCCCAGGUGGAGCCCCCCAAGGCUGCCCAGACCCCGGCCUCCAAGAAGAAGUCCACCAAGAAGGAGAAGAAGUAGGAUGGCCCGGGCGCACGGACGGACGGAGGGGUAGAUUGAUUGACCCCCCCCACCCAGCCCUGAUCGGGACUCAAAUUCAACCCCCCCUCAAACUCCCUAUGCCUCUUCUACUAUUAACUGUUUCAUCCUAAUCAGGGUGAUUUACUGGUCAGUUAUCCUUGGUAAUAAGAUGUGGAUUUUGUGAAGUUUGUCUCGAGGGCCAUUAAGAAUCUGAAGGUGCUGAAGGUGGAAGAGCAAACAGCAAAUAGUUUAUGGUUUUCAUUAUGGAGGCUAAUCAGAAACCGUUGGACAAGAUAACAUGUUUUACUCGUGCAGACGUAUUGCCACUCAGUUGGUCAGUAAAAAGUGGCUAGGGCUAUGGGGGGUUGUAUUUGGGUGAAUCAGUGCUUUGAGAUUCACAUAAUACCAGAGUCAGACUAAGAAGAGACCUUGCUGGGAAAACAAGGCGGAUCCUGGUGAUGUAUUCAUAAAUGUGUCAUAUGUAGGAUUUACAAUUCCCUAUUUUCCCUAAGUUGGAAAAAAAUAGAUUGUUGUUGAUGUAUUCUAAAAUGCCAUUGUCAGGCUCCUGAAGGAUCCGCCCUAUAAUGCUCCUUAGCUCAGAGAAACGUGACGAGGCUAUAACACAGGUAUCACACACACUCUUGCAUGUUCCUCAUAGGUAAAAAAAAAAAAAACACAGAUACCGUAUAGAUUAAAACUAUGCAUUGAUGUUUGUUUUGCUAGGAGGAACCCUAACCUUUACUUCCUUACCCAUAAAUACCACACCGGCUAAUGCACUAGUAGUAUUAACCUGACACAAUAGUGUGGGUAAAACCCCUAUUUUUGUGCAAGCAUAUUUUACUAUAUUCAUUGAUAAUCUCCAGUGAUUUUCUAUGACCUGAGCAUGAACUCCUUGAGGGGGGAGGUAUAUGGGGUGGGGUGAGGGGGGUUGGGGCAGCAUGUUAUCCCAUCAACAGUCUGUCGUCUGUGCAGGUGGCAAAUAGUGCGGGCACUGCCCCUUCUGAAGUGCCACAGAUGGGCACAGACUCCAUCUCCCCACAUCCCGACUCCUCCAGACCAGCUUGUGUGCCCCUCCCCCCUCACUCAUUAUCCCACUCAGAGAGCCAAACAAUAAGAUGCACUGUUGUUAUUCAGAAGAUGACAUGAUUUAAGUGGUUAAUCACUUGGGAUUAGAAGUAGGGAACUUGUAGAUCAUUAAUGGACUAAGUUGAGCUAGGAGUUAGGACACAUCUUAGGCCCCUAGGGGUAUUUCCCCGUAAGCCGUCCUAAAGUGCUGAUUAUAUUUCUUGAAGUGAGAAGAUAUAAAAAAAAUUCCUUUGUUUUCGAUGACUUCGUAGGAUAGAGGAGUUGUUCAAGAUAUGAAAGUGUUUCCCUUUUUCUGCCGUCCGUGUCCAUCAGGACUCCACUGCAUGAAGAGGCAGCUUGCAGGCUGGGUUUAGGGGGGACAGAGAGGGCAGGGCGAUGGGUACACCGUCUGGGUUGGCAUCAUAAUCAUUCACAACAUGGGGGGAGGGGGAAACAACCGUGGCUCUACCCAUUGAAUGUACAGAGGCCCCAUUGUAGACCCAUCCAUCCCCAGACCUUAACUUCCUCUAAUGCACUGACCCAAGUUAGAGGUUGACAGAGCCAAGCACACCUGUCUAUGUCAGAGUUGGAUAUACCACUUCACACAGAGAGAGGGGAGGGGGGGCAUCAGCUCCCCUCACUAACCCUCAGUUGAAAUCCAGUCUCUGAAUGCUAACCUCCGACUGUACCCUUCACUCCAACACUCUGCUCCCUGGUCCUGUGAAGGCUCUUCCCCACUGUAAAUAAACACAAAGUAAAAGUCCUGUCGAUGGUACAGUAUGAGCCAGUUGUUUGUAUAGUAUGGACCACACCACCAUUUACAAAAGAAAAGUCCCCCUUCCAAAAGGCGUGGCUUACUACUGGAAUGUGUUGCAUUUGUUUUUCAAGAAAAAAAUGAGAAAACCACUUCGAAAAAAAUGUAAAUGCAAAUAUCUGAAAUGUUCUUCAACAGUUUGUGUUGCAAUGUAGUACCUAAGCACCAUGAAAGCCAACUAACUCUUACUCAGUGUAAAUAAGAAAAUUAAGACAAUAACUUUAGAUGAUAAGUAAAAGAGUGACACGCGUAGACUAGUUAACCUGUGAUAUGUGUUGCGCAUAUUUUUGUGUUUAUUAUUUCUCUAUCUCUUUCUCUCCAUUUUAUCACCCUGUAAUGAAAUGAAACAAAAAGAUAUACUGAAAAUCUUUCUAUCCUUCUGUAAUCUGAAUUAUGUUAUUUUUUCUGUGAAGUGCAUUUGUGAAAGAAUGCCUCUCUCUUUCUCUCUGUCCGUAUGAACAAAUUAUUAUGAAUAUUAUAUAUGUCCAUCCGGCAAACGCUGGGCUAAUAUUCUAUCCUGCUGUAAUAUCUUUCUUAUGAAACGCUUAGACCCCACGCAACCCCCCUCCUGUGUUAUUCUCUUAUUUUUAUGCUAAUAUUUAUAUUGCUGUUUUAUUUUCUCUUGAACACUGACAUUUCAAAUAAAAAGUUCUGAAAUCAUUCAAAA